AUGCAAGUCAAUAUUUUGGCAGAUCUGGUAGACUGCGUUCCAGAGGCCAAGGGAUGCGAAAGUGGCGACAUAGGGAAUGCUCUACUUCACGUGAAGACUUUUGGAGUCUCGAGAGCUGAAGACUACCCGUACGUAGCCGAAACCCAGGACUGCAAUUCCGGCAUACCAGGUUACAUGACAAUUGGGGGUUACGAUAGGAUCAGAGGCGAUAGAGCCGUGGCAGCUGCUUUGAAAUGGACCCCAGUUCCGGCGGGUGUACAUCUUACAGAAGAACUUCAAUUUUAUGUGUCAGGAGUUUUCGAAUCAGAAGGCUGCUCGAACUCGUACAGACAUAUGAAUCAUGCUGUGACAAUCGUCGGUCACUAUGAAGACGCUUGGAUAGUCCGGAAUAGUUGGGGCCCCGAGUUUGGUUUGCAGGGUCAUUAUCUACUCAAAAAAGGUACCUGUGCGGCCGGAAAAUAUUGCAUGACGGUGAAAGGGCCAUUUAAGGUAUUGGAAUAAAGAAGUCUCACGCAGUUGAUAUCUUAAAGUUGUUCCAAGGAUAUGUCCAAGCAGAGGAAACCUAUUUUUAAAAACAUACAUGCAAUAAAAUAACUGAAAAACUAAUGACGUA